GCAGCCGCCGCCGCCACAGCAGCCGCCACUGCAGUUAGAGCAGCAGCAGCAGCAGCAGCAAGUCACAACAGCAGAAGCCGCAGCGAGCGGCGCUCGGCGGGCGCGCCCUCCUGAAGGAAGCCGCCCGCCCCCAUCACCGCCCCCUCUGGCGUGUUCAUGCCCCCGGGGCCCCAGGGAGCACCAUGGCCCGAGCACGCCAGGAGGGCAGCUCCCCGGAGCCCGUAGAGGGCUUGGCCCGUGACGGUCCACGACCCUUCCCCCUCAGCCGCCUGGUGCCCUCAGCCGUGUCCUGUGGCCUCUGUGAGCCUGGCCUCCCGGCAGCCCCUGCUGCCCCUGCCCUACUGCCAGCUGCCUACCUCUGUGCCCCCACCGCUCCACCCACCGUCACUGCCACCCUGGGGGGCCCCCGCUGGCCUGGGGGUCCCCGCAGCCGACCCCGAGGCCCACGCCCCAACGGUCCUCAGCCCUCACUGUCGCUCGCCGAGCAGCACCUGGAGUCGCCGGUGCCCAGCGCCCCAGGGGCCCUGGCGGGCGGCCCGACCCAAGCCGCCCCGGGAGUCCGGGGGGAGGAGGAGCAGUGGGCCCGAGAGAUCGGGGCCCAGCUGCGGCGGAUGGCGGACGACCUCAACGCGCUGUACGAGCGGCGGAGACAAGAGGAGCAGCAGCGACACCGCCCCUCACCCUGGAGGGUCUUGUACAAUCUCAUCAUGGGACUCCUGCCCUUACCUAGGGGCCAUGGAGCCCCUGAGAUGGAACCCAAUUAGUUGCCUGCACCCUCCCAGUGGACGUUGGGGACUUGGGGGGCAGGACCCUCCCACCUCCUGACGCCCUGGCCAGUGCAGGGGGCAUUUUCUGCACCAUGUAGCAUACUGGACGACCAGCCCUGCCCGUCCCAGGGGCAGGCCAGUGCAGCCACUCCAGACCCAGCCCUGGCCUAGCCUGGGGACACGGACGGAGAUGUGGACUCCUGGGUCCCUGGCCAAGAAGCCAGGGGAGAGAGGGCUGACGGACUCAGCCUUGGACUCGGCGUCUGAAGGCAGCGGUGACUGAGGGGGUGGGGACUGAGCCGCCUGCCUCUGCUGCCCACCACCAUCUCAGGAAAGGCUGCUGGUGCUGGCUGCCCGUUCCAGCUGCAGUUGACACCCAGCGGGGUUCCCUCUGGGUGCUCCUUCACUUUGGGCCUGGACGCAGGCCCCUGGUGCUUCCCCCCCUCCUCUUGGGGAGGGGGCCCGUGAAGAGCAAAUGAGCCAAACGUGACCACUAGCCUCCUGGAGCCAGAGAAUGGGGUGCGUCUGAUGGCUGCCCCGGCCCAGCGCCCAGCCAUCUUCCGUGAGCCAGCUGGCAGGUGGUGGGCAUGCCUGUCUCACCUUCAUCUGGGGGGGCCCAGACUGUGAAUCCUGUGCUCUGCCCACGACCACCCCCCGCCCCCAUCAAUCCCAUUCAUAGGUUUAGAAAGAGCACGCGUGACCACUGGCAUUCAUUUGGGGGGUGGGAUAUUUUGGCGGAAGCCGCCCCAGCCUUAGUCCCCAGGGCAAAGUGCUGGGGGCAAGUCGGGGAGUCAGGGAGGGGGGAACUCAGAAGAGGGAGGAGUCUGGGAGCGGGGAGGGAUGGCCCAGCCUGUAAAAUACUGUAUAUGCGCUGCUGUAGAUACCGGAAUGAAUUUUCUGUACAUGUUUGGUUAAUUUUUUUUGUACAUGAUUUUUGUAUGUUUCCUUUUCAAUAAAAUCAGAUUGGAACAGUGGA